AUGCCUGGGGUCACAGCUGUGUGCCAAUGGGCCACACACCCGCCUGGGCACCCUCGAUUUCCUGGGCCAACCAGCCGAGCUUCCGCCCCAGACCCAAGAUUCCGACGCAGUGCCAUGAACGGUGACGAGACACUGUCAGCCCUGGACGAAUAUGUAGCCCCAGGACUCCGAUUAUGGAUGCUCAUCGCGCUGGUUUCCGGUGUGCUCCUUGUUAUGGUCGUAAUCGUUUGCUGCUUCAUGCGAAUCCGGAUCCCGCGCACCAAACGCCAGAUCGACCUGAUCGCCGCAAGGCGGAAGAUGAGGGGCAAGAAGAAGUCGACCGUUAAUCAGAGCGACGAAAAAUCCACAGCAAUUGUGAUGAAUUCGAUGCAACGCGGUCACCGAGCUUCCGGAAGUGGGUCCGCUAGGAAAGACAAGCUGGCCCGCGACGAGCAAGAAGCCUUGCAACAACAUCGCGGCAGUCGGACCCAUACUACUAAAUGCGGUGACAAAAUGGACCCUGCGAAAGUAACGCUACUACAGGCGGAUGUGCGGGGAUUUUUGGCGAGGCAACGAUUCAGGAAAGAGCUAUGCGAGAAAAUCCGCACAUCCCUGGCGUCGUUCGAGAAGCUCGGGAACACGGUGGAGAAGAAGUCGCUGCCGAAUUCAGAAUUUCUAAAAAUCGCGCUUCCAUUUAUUCGAUACGCCGAAUAUCCACGAGAUCUAUUUGAGCUCUCCUUGACAUGUCGCUACAUGGUUCAUUCCCUCGGGUCAUCAAAUAAGAACGAAAAUUUGGCGGCGAUAUUUCUGCAAAAAGAAAGAUUGCAAGACGGGAGGCGGCUCGUCAAUGGUAUUUAUACGGAAAUUCCGGGAAUUCUGGCCAAAAUCGAGGGUGAAAAAGUGAGCGAAGUAAAAUGCUGGCAAGCCCUGGUCCAUUGGGCUGUCGUGUUCAACUCCACAUCUUCGUGGGCGCUCGUCAAGGGGAACGCGGCUAUUCAGCAGAUCCUCAACUCGCUAUGCUCAAAAAUGGCUGCCCCUCUCCACGACCCGGAAAACUAUCUGAAAAUUGCGGGUUCCCUUUACCUAGCCGUCAACGAGGCACGCCCGCUGACCAGCCUGGAGACUGUCAACGCGCUGUUCCUGUUGCUUUUCAAGCCCCUCCAAGCCGACCCUCCGCCUUCGGAUUUGAUGCACAUUUUUGCGCUGCACGUCUUCACGGCGCCCGGGUUGUUGUUGCAUUUGUCGAAGAGCUCCCUGGAACUGCUUACGGCGUCAAAAUUGUUGGUGCAAAUUUUGGGCGUGUUUUUGAAAGAUCACCAAGCCCUCAAGUCCCUCGACCCCGUCAAGGCGCUGAAUCUAAUUGGCAACCUGUGCCACCUGGGCGAUUUGAAUAAUUUGCUCCUCGUUGAGCACCUCCUCGAUUGGUCCCGCAUCCUGAACCAGUUGAUGGAAAUUUGCCGUGGGGCCAUUUUACAAAAGAACGAAAAAUGCAGCCGAACGUACUGGCAUCCGGUGUUUGGGGGCUACAAGGCGAGAUUGAGCCCGGGUAGCGAAGCCUCAAUCCCGCACGUCUCCCGGCAGCUGCGAUUUCUGUGGGGUCGCCAGUUGACGAACUGCCUCUUUGGAAAACUCCUCCCCAGCAUCGAUCCAAAUUCCGAACAAUCGAAGAAAAUUCGCGGGGAAGCGAGUGAAAUUGGGCAUGCGAUUCAGCGGCUCUGGAAGAAGAUCGGAAGCAUUGGGGUGACAGAAGAGACGGUGUCCCUCAACCGGCCGCUGUCGAUGACCACCAUCGUCUGUCAGCUGUUUAUGAAUGCGUUGAGCACAUUUUCGCAAUUUAGAUCGGAGAUUUUGUCAGGCAUCUGCCGCGAAGAUACCCUCCUCGUGCCGCUUUGGACGUAUUUAAAAAGUUCUGAAAACCAUGCCUCGUCCAGCUCUGAAAGCGGCCCACUACCCAUCUUCCUAUCCUACUACUCCACCGAUCCGUGCACACCACAUCUGGCUCCGCUGCACCUCUUCUGUGAUGCUAGUGCUCUGACAAUCUCAAUCCUUGACGAAGAAGAAAUGUAUGAUAAAGGGAUACCAUUCUCACAGCAAAUGCUCUGCGAAAUCGCUCAAUUUUCAAAUCUGUUCUGCUUCCGGGUGGUGUGGAAUGGAUUGAUUGAUCUAAAAGACCCAAGGGCCAUGGCCCUCUUCCAUUCGGUCCACAACCUGAAUUCCCACCUGCACGCCCGGGAUUCGCGACGGUCUUUCACGAGGGAUCCCAAUUUUUGGCAUGCCAGUGAUGUGAAAAGCUCAGUGCUGACAAGCGAAUUCGACAAGAAGACCGAACGCGGGUUAUUUCUGAUGGAGCAAAUGAGCCACUUGACUUCCCUGAAGGAACGGAUGGUGCUUUUUCGACGGAUGGUACAGACUGAUAAGAACACCCGCCACCACGCCCCGAAUAUGAUUACGAUAUGCCGGAAUCGGCUUGUCGAAGAUGGAUAUCGUCAGCUGGCUCCGAUGACCCCGGCCGCUCUCCGGCACACGAUACGCGUCCGGUUUGUCAAUCAACAGGGUCUUGAUGAAGCCGGUAUCGACCAGGACGGUGUCUUCAAGGAGUUCCUCGAGAUAACGUUGCGCCAGGUUUUCGACCCGGCCCUCAGCUUGUUUGGUACGGGCUCCUCCGGUCAGUUGUACCCCUCGGCGACGUCGUCGAUCAAUGAAGACCAUCUUUCCCUGUUUAACUAUGUUGGUCGUCUACUGGCCAAAGCCGUGUAUGAAGGGCUGGUGAUCGAUGUGCAGUUGGCGCCGGCGUUGUUGGCUUCGGUCCUCGGCUCCGGGCCCCUCUCCUCCUUCGACGAGUUGGCCACUCUCGACCCGGAGCUGUACAAAAAUUUGACAUACGUUAAACGCUACAAGGAUACCGGUGACGUCUCCGAUCUCGCCCUCACCUUUUCGAUCGAUGAGGAUUUUCUCGGUUCCCUGACUACGAUAGAUCUGGUCCCGGGUGGAAGAGCGGUGGCUGUGACGAACGAGAACACGCUCUUCUACAUCCACAAAAUGGCGCAGUAUCGGGUGUCCAUUCAGACGAAGCACCAGCAAAAGGCAUUCGUCGACGGGUUCCAGUCGGUGCUCAGCCGCGAGUGGCUGUUUCUGUUCUCACCCCACGAGCUACAGCAUUUGAUUUCGGGGAGCUCGAGCGACAUCGAUCUCGGGGAUCUUCGGAAGCAUGUACAGUACUACGGUGGAUUCCACUCAAAUCACAGGCUUAUCAAAUGGUUGUGGCAAAUCCUGGAGAGUGAUUUCACGGCCGAGGAGCGGAGGUUGUUUUUAAAGUUUGUUACUUCAUGCUCACGGGGCCCGUUGCUUGGAUUUGCAUAUUUGGAGCCGCCAUUUUCGAUCAGAUGUGUCGAGGUUUCGGAUGAUCAGGACCAAGGCGACACCCUAGCUUCCGUCGUCCGCGGCUUCUUGGCCAUCAAGCGCAAGGAAGCCCCCGGGCGUCUCCCAACCGCCUCGACCUGCUUCAACCUGCUGAAGUUGCCCAACUACUCGAAGAAGAGCACCCUGCUUCAGAAACUGCGCUACGCCAUCCACUCGGAGACGGGCUUCGAGCUGAGC